AUGAACACACAGCUGCCAUACGCCGUGCAGUUCCAAUCGCGGGGAAUAUCAACACCGGACUUUAAGGCGUGGGGAGGAGCCAGUGCGCGAGCGCACAAGGACCGCGUAAACAGCGUGAGCUGGAGUGUCGAUGGACGACGCUUGGGCAGUGUGUCGGCCGACAAAACGCUACGAAUCUGGCCCGAGAAGGCACUCGACAGUGUGCGCCCGGAUGCCAAACUAGCCAGUGCGAUGGUAGGGCACAGCGACAAGGUGACGCAACUCGCAUGGCACCCGCUCGAUUCGAACCUCCUUUCGACCGUUUCGCUCGACCGCACGCUGCGGUGCUGGGACAUACGCGCGCGCGCACCCACACACACCCUCCAGCUGCCCGCACCAGCUUAUAACGUCGCCUACCACCCUUCUGGGAAUACAGUGGCGGCGGGCGCCGAAACGGUGGAUUUCUUCGACCUCGCUAGCUCAGCUGCCCCGAUGCAGACACUGGAGAGACACUCGGACAAUCAACGGAUCAAUCACGAUUUCAAGUGGUCGGCGGAUGGCCAGCUCUUCGCUGUCUGUUGCGGUGAUGGUACCUUUCAUACACACCUCUACCCGUCUUUUGAACCUGAAUACACAUGCCAAGCGCACACAUCGGACGCUACAACGCUCGAGUUCACCCGCGAUCGUCGUCAUUUGCUCACGGGCGGGGGGGAUGCAGUGGUGCACGUAUGGGAUGUGGACGAGUGGGUUUCUAGAGGCACGAUCAACAAUCUAGACGGACUCGUGCGGUCGAUCAGCGCGAACAGCAAUUCCGAGUGCGUGGCUAUAGGGACAGACGACAGGAACGUGGUUAUUGCGAGUAUACACACGGGCGAGGUGCUGCACUCCUUCAACACUGCCGCCAAGAGCAAGGCGGUGGCAUGGCAUCCGAAUAAGUUCCUGCUGGCUUACGCGAGCGAGGAUAUCAGCAGGGAGGAACACUCCCGCGAUCCUGGUCUUACCAACAUAUCCUCGUCUGUACGUGUGUGGGGAAAGGGCGUAGGCAGGCCGGGUGUUUGA